AUGCGACAUAGGUUGAUCGUCGCAGCAUUGGGUGCACUGCACAUGCAGGCAGCGAGAUCAGGAGAUCUGUUCCUGGAAAUGGGAAAUGAUCAGAUGGGGUCUGAUCAUGGUUCGCGUAAGGAGGUGGCCAAGAAAUGGGUGGUUGAUUUGAUACAAAUUACGCUGUGGGAGCUGUCCAUUUUCAUAGUCGCCACCCUUAUUAAUGAUCAUACAGUCCGCCAGUAA